GUGACAGCCACCCUCAGGCACAGGGACACCUGGGGACAGCGGCGGCCGCAGCCACGGGUCAUGGACGCCCCCUCAGAUGAAGGUGACGAUGACGAUGAUGAGCAGCCGCUGCCGCAGGAGCGCCCCCUGCAGGCCGUGGCUGUCCCCUCCGAGGCCGGUGCUGAGGAUGAAGGUGACGAUGACGAUGAUGAGCAGUCACUGGCGCGGGCUCAGGAGCGCCUCCAGCAGAUCAUGGACGCCCCCUGGGAGGCCGCUGACGAUGAAGGUGACGAUGAUGAGGAUGAGGAGUCGGUGGCGCGGGCCCAGGAGCGGCUCCUGCAGGCGCUGAUGUCCCGCGCCGGGCGGGCGCUGCCGCUCCGGGAUCUGGGUCAGGACUGGCAGCUGCUGCGGGAGCUCGGCAGCGGCUCCUACGGACGCGUCGUGAUGGCCCGGCCCCGGCGCGGAGGUGCGCGGGUGGCGCUGAAGCUGCUGUCCAAGGAGCGCACGCCCAGGUGGGGCUUCCUGCGGGAGUUCUGCACUCACCUGUGCCUGCGGGGGGCGCUCACCUGUCUGCAGGUGCUGCCGCUCGCCUUCGAGACCCCCACCGAGUUCGGCUUCGCCCAGGAGCUCGCACCUGCCGGGGACCUGUGCGGGCUGCUGACACCUGGGGUGGGCCUGCCGGAGCCGCAGGUGAAGCGCUGCGCCGCGCAGGUAUCCUCCGCCCUGUCUUACCUGCACGGCCACGCGCUGGUUCACCGCGACCUGAAGCUGGACAACGUCCUGGCCUUCGACCGCCGCUGUCACCUGGUCAAGGUGUGCGACUUCGGCCUGACGCGCGUUCUGGGCUGGCAGGUGCGGCCGGAGCGCGGCCCCGCCCCGUACUGCGCGCCGGAGCUGCUGCAGGUGCGCGCAGGUGAGGCGCAGGUGAGGCGCCUGGAGCCCGCGGCGGACACCUGGGCGUUCGGCGUGCUGCUCUUCGCGCUGCUCACCGGCGCCUUCCCCUGGGCCUCACCUGCGCGCUCCGACCCCGCCUUCCGCCGCUUCCGCGCCUGGCACGGCCGCACCUGCGCAGGUGAGGCCCCGCCCCGCCCGCCGCGCACCUGGCGGGGGUUGGGGCAGGCGGGGCUGGAGAUGCUGCGGGGGCUGCUGCACCCCCGGCCCGCGCGCAGGUGUCCGCCCGGAGAGGUGCUCAGGUACCUGGGCGGGGCCUGGGCAGGUGAGCGGGGGCGGGUGGGAGAUGCAGGUGAGGGGGGACGGGUGGGAGAUGCAGGGGAGGAGGGACAGGUGAGCUCUGAAGAGGAAGGACAGGUGAGCUCUGCAGGUGAGGGCGAACAGGUGAGUUUUGCAGGUGAGGAAGAACAGGUGAAUUCUGAAGGGGAGGAAGGACAGGUGAGAUCUGCAGGUGAGAGUGACCAGGUGAGCUCUGAAGAGGAGGAAGGACAGGUGAGAUCUGAAGAAGAGGAGGGACAGGUGCGAGCCGCAGGUGAGCGGGGACAGGUGAGCUCUGCAGGUGAGGGGGGACAGGUGAGCUCUGCAGGUGAGACUGACCAGGUGAGCUCUGCAGGUGAACAGGGACAGGUGAGCUCUGAAGAGGAGGAAGGACAGGUGAGUUCUGCAGGUGAGAGUGACCAGGUGAGCUCUGAAGGGGAGAACAGCCAGGUGAGCUCUGCAGGUGAGCAGGGACAGGCGAGCUCUGAAGAGGAGCAGGGACAGGUGAGCUCUGCAGGUGAGAGUGACCAGGUGAGCUCUGAAGGGGAGGAGGGACAGGUGAGCUCUGAAGAGGAGGAAGGACAGGUGAGAUCUGAAGAAGAGGAGGGACAGGUGCGAGCCGCAGGUGAGCGGGGACAGGUGAGCUCUGCAGGUGAGGAACAACAGGUGAGCUCUGAAGAGGAAGGACAGGUGAGAUCUGCAGGUGGGAGCGGCCAGGUAGGCUCUGCAGGUGAGCGGGGACAGGUGGGAGCCACAGGUGAGGGUGGACAGGUGAGCUCUGCUGGUGAGAGCGACCAGGUGAGCUCUGCAGGGGAGGAAGAACAGGUGAGCUCUGAAGAGGAGGAGAGACAGGUGAGCUCUGCAGGGGAGAACAGCCAGGUGAGCUCUGCAGGUGAGGGGGGGCAGGUGAGAUCUGCAGGUGAGCAGGGACAGGUGAGCUCUGAAGAGGAGGAGGGACAGGUGAGCUCUGAAGAGGAGGAGGGACAGGUGAAUUCUGAAGGGGAGGAAGAACAGGUGAGCUCUGCAGGUGAGAGUGACCAGGUGAGCUCUGAAGGUGAGGGCGAACAGGUGAGCUUUGCACGUGAGGAAGAACAGGUGAGUUCUGAAGAGGAAGGACAGGUCAGAUCUGCAGGUGAGAGUGACCAGGUGAGCUCUGCAGGUGAGACGGGACAGGUCAGCCCCAGAGGUGAGAAUGAGAGUGGCCAGGUGAGCCCCACAGGUGGGAGUGGCCAGGUGAGCCCCACAGGUGAGGGUGGGAGUGGCCAGGUGAGCCCCACAGGUGAGGGUGGCCAGGUGAGCCCCACAGGUGAGGGUGGCCAGGUGAGCUCCACAGGUGAGGGUGGGAGUGGCCAGGUGAGCCCCACAGGUGACUCCAGGUCCCCCAGUUGUCGGGUGGGGACACCUGGACAGGUGAGAGGAACACCCGGAAGUUGGAUAGAAACACCUGGAGAUGGGAUAGAGACACCUGGACAGGUGAGGGGAACACCUGGAGAUGGGCUGGAAACACCUGGAGAUGGGAUAGAGACACCUGGACAGGUGAGGGGAACACCUGGAGAUGGGCUGGAAACACCUGGAGUGAGAUGGAAACACCUGGAGAUGGGAUAAGAGACACCUGGAGAUGGGCUAGAGACACCUGGACAGGUGAUGGACACACCUGGAGAUGGGAUAGAAACACCUGGACAGUGAUGGAAACACCUGGAGAUGGGAUAGAGACACCUGGGCAGGUGAUGGACACACCUGGAGAUGGGCCUAGGACACCUGGACAGGUGAGGGGAACACCUGGAGAUGGGAUAGAAGCACCUGGACAGGUGAGGGGAACACCUGGAGAUGGGCUGGAAACAUCUGGAGAUGAGAUAGAAGCACCUGGACAGGUGAUGGACAUACCUGGGAUGGGCCCAGGACAUCUGAACAGUGAUGGACACACCUGGACAGUGAUGGACACACCUGGGCAGGUGAUGGAUGGACCCACCUGGACAGGUGAUGGAUGGACCCACCUGGACAGGGAUGGACACACCUGGACAGGUGAUGGACACACCUGGGAUGGGCCCAGGACACCUGGACAGUGAUGGACACACCUGGGCAGGGAUGGAUGGACACACCUGGACAGUGAUGGACACACCUGGACAGGGAUGGAUGGACACACCUGGACAGGGAUGGGCACACCUGGA